GUUUAUUUACGUUGCUAAAAAAUGGUGAUUUUCAGCGAUUUUCUCCCUUUGAAAAUAAUUUUCCGGUGAAAAAUCAAGCUCGAUUUUAUGUAAUUUUUUAUAUUGUUGAAACUGAUUUUAACCUUAUGAAUUUGGAAGUAUUCAACAGAGUCAACUGGAAGGAAUCUUAUCACUCAAGUGGACGUUACAAGAAUAAAAAUACAUUCGGCGGAAUGUAUUCAAAAUGGACAUCAUUGACGAAUAAACUAUACAGCAGAAAUUGCUGCGAAAAUCUCGAAGAUCAAAGUGUUUUGAGCAAGUUUUCAUCCGGCAUUGGAAAACAAGUUACUAUACCCAUUGUUCGACAACUCGCUUCAAAUCUAGGAAUCACUCAAUCCGCAGAACCUAGUAAAUUAACCACCGAAAAAGAUGUAUUUUGGUGUAUGGAAAUCAUAUCUUACGGAUUGACGCUACCUUUAACCGAACACGAUACAGUUCGAGAUUGCGUACAUGUUUAUUGCGAAUGGUUAUCUGCUCUGUAUCCAACACCGAAAAUCAGUGUUCCACUUCCCAUCAGCAGAGAUCCGAAUUUUUUCGCUAGAAAAAUAAUCGCUCAUUUGCUCAAUCUUUUCAUGCCCAGGAAUGGAGAAGUCUGGGCUUUUAUAUACUUGGAUAUCGGCAGCGACGUUAUCAAUAAACAAGCAGUUCUGUGUCACCGAGUGCUUCGUACUUUACAGCAAGUAACACAAGAUUCGAAAAAUAUCGAAAAUGAUACGUGGCAAACGUUACUUCUGUUUUUAUUGACGAUUAACGAUGCUUUGCUCGCUCCACCAACUAUUAAAGAUGAUGUCGGAGAUCAAUUAUGCGAACGUGUUCUUAGCGUAUUACUGGAAAUUUGGUUAUUAGCUUGCGUAAAAUGUUAUCCGUCUCCACCUCUUUGGAAAACUCUACGUGAAAUGGCCAUCAAUUGGAGGCAUCGAACUGCUUUGAUCGAACAAUGGAAUCGUAUCAAUUUGAUUUUGACUUCUAAAAUUCUUGAAAUUAUGUACGGUCUUUCAUUUCCUCAAUUGAAAAUAGGAGGCGAUGAAGAUAUCCAAGCGACUGUUAACAACAUGUGUGAAGAAACCGUAGCUCAAACGUGGUUUCGUGUUCUACAUUCCAUUGGAAAUCCCGUCGAUUUAUGUCAUUCCAAUAUUAUUAGUCAAACUCCUCAAUUUCUACAAUAUGCCAUCACCAAUGAUAAUGCUUCCGAACAUCCUUGUCUUUCCGUCCUUCCGUUAAAUUUUUAUAAAGCUAUAAAAGGAAUCGCUGUGCUGGUUGAUGCAUUUUUAGGUGUACCGGUUUCCAUUCAGUGGGAGGAUUAUAACUCAUUUUAUCAAUCUACAACGAGUUUGAGUAAUUCGUCAUCGAACAUACAGGGGGCACCUUUCCCUAUCAAUGUUUCCAGUGGAGUUGGAGAAAUCAAUUUACCAACACCUCCUUCGAGACGUCGGCUGGCUAAAAGUUUAAGUGUAACUUCAUCAAAAACGCAACAAAAACCAUUCUUGGGAUUAUCGAGUUCAAAAGUCACGAGUACCGCAACUUCGUCGAAUGUCGCUUUAAAUUUAACCUCGCAACCUAUUUCAUCUUCUUCGGCGUCUAGUUUAAAUUAUAUAUCUCAUUUCAACGCUGGAAGUAGAAAUUCGUUAUCUCCUCUCCGUCCAAAAUGCAACAGUAUUUUACAUUUAUUUGGCGAAUGGUUAUUCGAAGCUUCGUACAAUUUAGAAUUUUCUCGUUUCGCAGCAACAAAUGUCUCAGCUACCCCAACUGCUGGACCGAACAGAAGUGGGAACUGGACCACCGUUGCAGAUUCUGGAAGUAUCAGUAGUGGGAGUAUUUCUUCGUUUUUGCUGCGAAAAGGAAGUUCUUCGCAACCGAAUUCCCUUACUACUGAUUCGAGUGAUCCUGAUACCGCAGCUACCUCGCAAGCAUCCUCUCUGAUGCCAUCAGUAUUUCAUUCCUUUUGUGAUAAAUUUAUUUGCGGAAGAGCCGAAGCGGUCGGUACAUUGUGCCGGAUAUUUUGUUCGAAGAAAACUGGCGAAGAAAUUUUACCUAUUUAUUUGUCGAGAUUUUAUAUGAUUAUUCAACAAAGUUUACGGAUGAAAGAAUUCGGAGAAUGCGACGAAGUAAUGGCUAGUGUAAUGUUGAAUUCGGCGGAUAUUUUUGGACUCGAUCUCGAUGGCAGUUUACUCCUAGUGCCUUAUUUCAUCGAAGCUUUAGAAAUAGUAUUACCUGAUAGAAAUUUACGAUUCAAAACAAAUUCAGGAACCUCCAACGAACCAUCAUCUCUGGUUAUGCCCUCAUCGACAAACGCUGCAGUUAAUACCUCUUCUGCAGUACCUUCCGCGGUACCAUCAGCACCAACAACCAAUGCUCUAACGAGUGCUAUAGUCACUGCCACUGCUACAGCCACGGUUACAGCUCCAAUUUCCGCUACGUUUUCCGCUUCUGAUAGUAUAAAUCACGAAACAUCUAUUUCUUCAUCUCAUGCCGAAGGCAUCAGUCACGAUGUACAUGGAAACGAGCACGAAUACGGUUCAGUUUCCUCGGCACACGUCAGCACAACCGGUGGUAAUAUUGGAUUAUCUGGUAAUACGACGGUUACAUCGAUAAAUCCGACAGUAAACGCUUCCAUCAUUGGUGGCACUGCUGGUAAUAUGAACGUUCCUGCGACAAGUAUACCUAUGACAACGAAUACCAAUAACGUUUCGGCCAAUUCAGCUUUUUUGCCCCCUUCUUCUUUGAUCACAACUACCUCAGUUCCUCUGGUUGAAUUACGAAAAGCUUGCAUUCAUUUAUUACUUUCGUUACUUCCUUUACCGCUUCACUUUCAAAAUCUGCCAAUUCGAGAAUUUGGUAAUACGGCUUAUCGAAUUUAUAGCGUGAGUGGUAGCGGUAUCACUUUUGGUUUAUUGAAACCGAGAUUAGUUAAUUUGCUAAUCAGCGCUUUACAAGUUGAAAAUGAUAGUUGUAAUGCACAUCUAUUGUUAGGCGGUUUAUUGUUCAUUAUUCAUGACUCGGCCUUAUACGAACAGGCAAAUAUUUCGAGUACAUCUCAUAACGACCACACAUCAGAGUCUGGUGCUAAUUUAUUGAUUUCUGAUUCUGCUCAUUCCCUGUUUGUUCGAGCUAUGUAUCUGGUUUGCCAUCGUCUAAUUUCGUCGUGGAAGGCAGAUUUGAACAUUUCACUCGCAGCUCUGGAAUUUUUAACCGGACUUUCUAAAUUAAAAAUCAAAGACGUUGACAUUUUAGAAUGUAAACGAGCUGUCAAAUGGUUAUGUGAUUACAUCGUGUAUCAAUGUUGGCGUCCGCCUCAAGCACAUUCCAAAGAUCUACAUUCCAGUAUAGUAGCCGCAUUUCAGUGCGCCGCUCAUUGGCUAAUUUCGCAUCCUUUAUUAUUAAAAGAUAAGGAAUGUUUAGGUAUUUUAUUGGAAGUCGUGGAAUUAGGAAUCUCAGGAACUAAAUCUCAGGCUAAGCCGAGUGAACCUAUUCGUAUGAAAGAUGAAAAAGAAUUGAAACCGGUGUCGAUGAGGGUCAGAGAUGCUGCUGAAGCUUUGUUAACUGUUAUUUUAGAACAGGUGGGUUGUAUUGAUAUUUCAAUUUACAAUUAUUUAGAGGAAAAAAAUGAACGAAUGUGGGUUUUUCAGGCUGAUUUUGGAGUACAUUCGAUAUCGUGUUUAUUGAACGAAGCCAUACUAAUGAAACAAUGUACAUUGGCGUCAGCAGUAUCAUCGGCCAGUGAUACGGUCGAUAUUUCGUUCGAUCAAGCGAUAUCUAAAUUUCAUUAUUUUCUUUUCGAAAAUAACGUAAUGAUCGCUUUACUGCAAGAGCCUCUCGGUAAUGAUCAAGAUCCUCAGCCUACAAUAACAUUGUUAAUAAGAAAUUCGUUUGGUCGACACGCGUGGACUUUGCAAUUGAGACAUUUACCUCGAUACAAGUCGACGGCGAAACAGUAUUAUAAUUCUUUGGGAAGUACGACUGGUAGACCUAUUUCGAUGGCUGAAACUACAUUAGUUCCUGAUGUUCAUCAGCGUUACUUUCCCGAUUCCAUUAAUAAGAUAGAAGCGUACAAAGCGGAUAAAUCAAUUCCAACGUUGGAAAACGUAGAAGGUGAUUUAAAUGAUGAUAAGCUGGAAUCCCUUAUAGAACAACAGUACAAUUUUGAAAAAGAUACCAGUUCAGCCAAAGAAUUAUUCGAAGAACGAAAUCCUCCUUCUACGUGUUACGAAUUCUUCACCGCUCGCAUGUUCCUUUGUCAUCUCGGAUUACUUUCAAAAUUUCGUGCGAAUAAUAAAGAAAUUGAAAGCGGUUCUUUAAUCGCUCUGGAUAAUCGUAAAGAAGGUUUUGCCCAAGCUUUGAAAAAUUUGGACACCAUAACUCGACGAACUUGCGACACAUGUCACGUUUUUUAUGUGAAAGCUGGCCAAAAACGUCAUCUUGAUAUUUUGGAAAAUUCGAUGUCACGAACCAACGUUUCGCAAAAUUUUGUUGAAAUGCUGUAUUCGUUAGGAUGGCCCGUUAAAGUAAACCAGCAUAAUGGUUGGACAGGUCAUGUAGCCACAAGUUAUAACAUGCUGUGUGAAAAUGAGGUGAUUCGAGAUAUGAAACGAGAUAAAAACGAAACUAAACCAAAAGAUAUUGAAACAGAAGAUGGCACAUGCCUAUACGAUGGAAUUGAACGUAUUCUAUAUUGGGCCGAUUCGGUAUCCGAGAUUGCUUUUGUGGUUCCUAGUUUGCGUUUACAAUCAUUUCCUUUCCACGGUGUUGGAAAUUGGUACGAAAGAAGUGUUAGCAUCGGUAACGAGAGCUCGAGCGAUAAAACUUCCCAUACGCAUGUUAACGCUCCACUAGAUAAAAGAGCCGUUUCAUUAGACGCAUCUUCUUCCGAUUCUAAAGCUCAGAAUGUCUCCAGUGGAACAUUUUCCAAGAAGAAAACAAAUUUGGUAUCCAAUGUUAUGUUGGUGUGGCUCGAAAGUUUCGAAGAUCACGCAAAUUUCCCUAUUAGCGAAUUAUUACCUUACACAAGCACUGGUAUGGAAGGUAACUACAAAGUCGAUGUUUUACGCGACUGUUACAUUAUUUUUUUACACGCGUUGCAAAAUGGAUUAUUAAAAGUGAAGUUGCAAGGUCCAGAAAGCAGAAUCAAUAUCGCUACUCCGUUGGUCGAUGGUAUGAUAAUAAGCAGACGAACUGCCGGUCAGUUGGUUAGACAGACGGUUUUGAACAUAUGUAAACGACGAAGACUUGAUUGUGAUAGUUACCAGUUACCUCAUGUGCGUAGAAGAUUGAAGUUACAAGAAAUCAAAAGCAAGUACGAAUGUAAAAUGAACCCACCUGAAUUAUUGACCUAUUUACUGUCGCAUUGUUAAUCUUUCUCGUGCUGUCUUUUGUUAAUUUUAUUCGAUAAGUAAAUCGAGUCGAAAUACGGUGAUUCCAGAAACGUGUUGCAUUAUAAAGUGAUACGUUAUGUGCUGUGAAAGUAGUGCAAUAGUUUGCAUUUUGCAAUUUUUUUUUAGAUAGGUGAACCAUUCCCCUCGAGUACACUGAGUUUUUAAUAUGAUUGUUGUUAUUUGUUACGUGUUUUGCGAGAAACAGAGAUAUCUUUUCGGUGUUACAACCAUCGACCUUUUAGUUAACCUAGACGACUACUCCAAUGCAAACUAAGGCCACUGGUUAUGUCGCCAACUCUGUGGAUUUCAAAUUAGAAACAAACGCAUCUGCGCAUGUCUCAGGAAUUGAUGCUUGUGAACAGUAAACGGAAACACCACCAGCACCCCCACUUCCACCCCUAAUCCACUAACAACAAAAUACACACACACGUUUCCUGAGACAUGCGCAGAUGCGUUUGUUUCUAAUUUGAAAUCCACAGAGUUGGCGACAUAACCAGUGGGAUAAUUUUGCGUAUGAGUAGCCGUCUAGGUUAACUAAAAGGUCGAUGGUUACAACUGAAUAGUUCAAAAUCUUUUUCAAAAUCGAAAUUCCUGCAUUUUGCCAAAGUUGAUGGUUGGCAAAAACACUUUGUAACGAGUGCAAUUUGUAAAAAAAUUAACAUUGUUUCUACAGUUUACAUCUUCGUAUGUUGGUAGGACAUUUGAAUUUUAAUGCAUUGCAUUGCAUUUAGUAAAUGUGAGAUUUAAUUGUUAUUAUCAAGUGUUUUAUUUUUAUUUAAAUUUUUCAACUGAUGUAUUAAUUUAAAAAUUUGAGUUGAAUUACAUUGUUUUUAAUUACU